AUGAAUACCAAGUUGAACUUGCCAGAAUUUGAAGGUGUUUGGACUUGGUACUUUUCACCUCAACUAUCCAAAGGUCGUAAUCGACCACCAAAAAGUGGCCGUAAUCAGAAGCAGAACCAAGACUCGGCUAACAAGGUUGGAUCAAAUACUGCAAAUAACAAGACUAAGGAGGGCAAACCUAGCAGAAAGAAACAGAAUUCUUUUAUUAUAAAGAAUUUGAAGAAAGGUUUAAACAGUAGCAAAUCGGGUAAACUUACUUUGCUUGCCGAAAUUCGCUCGCUAUUAAGAAGACUGGAAAAUUGA